GGGAGGACGGCUCGGAGGGCUUGACGACACUGCACACCACACCACACCAGUCCCCACACCGAGCUGUCCCCAUCGCCGCGCGCGCACACUCCCUCUCUCUCACCCAGUGUUCACGAGUCCAGAGAGCUCGAGAGCUCUUGCAGCCAUGGCGGCGGCUCCCCUGCUUCUCCUGCUGCUUCUGGCCAUGUUCACAGCCUCAGAUGCGGCGUUCUGUGUGUGCAAGACGGGCUUGUCCGACCAGGGAUAUCAGGCGGCGAUCGACUACGCCUGCAGCAAGGGGGCGGACUGCGCCUCCACCAAGCAGGGCGGGCCGUGCUACGGCAGCGGCAACAAGGCGGCCGUCUGCUCCUACAUCUGCAACAGCUACUACCAGAUGCGGAGCGGCAUGGGCGCCACCUGCGAUUUCAACGGCGUCGCCACACUCACCGGCAGCGACCCCAGCUCCGGAACCUGCAAGUUCGCUUCCGGCCCCAGCAGCGCUGGCACCGGCGGCGGUGCUGGCAUGGGCACCGGCGGGGCAGGCGCUGGCACCGGCGGUGGCAUGGGCGCUGGGACAGGCGCAGGCGCAGGCACAGGCGCUGGCACCGGAGCAGGCACGGGCAUGGGCACCGGGACGGGGACUAGCACCGGAGCUGGCACCGGCACCGGCACCGGCGCGGGGAUCACGACCCCCGGGGCCCUGAGCCCACCGUUCGGCGGCACGGGCGCCUACGGCCCGUCAGGAGCAGGCAGCACCGACUACAACGACGCCGCCAAGCCGCGCGCCGCCGGGCUGCACGUCGUUGCCGCCCUUGCCCUCGCCACCGCCGCCGCCGCCGCACCUCUCCUCCGCUAGGAGGUGCGCCGCGCGGCACGGUGCCAACUGGGCUGGCGGGCGGGCACGUCACGUCGGCGGUGGCGACGCCUCCCGGCAGCGUGCAUGCGUGCCUGCCUUGCUGGGUUUUGAUCGAUCAGGCGUCGUCAGUGUAGUGGUAGUAGCACGGGGGUUAUUGCUAUUCAACUGACCUAUGUGUCUGUCUCUCUCCUUUGCUCGUGCUAGUGGUGGCCGCCAUGUGUGUGUGGUGGUGCUUUGUACUCCGGUAGAGAUCUAGGGAUUCUUUUGGUAGUUCCGGACAUACGUGUCGUCGAACGUGUUCCUUCAGCCCCCUCUUUUGUUUUGUUCCUUCCUAUUUGUGUUUUAGGCUGUGUUUACUAGAACUAUGCUAGUGUUUGGUGGCGGCCACCUUCCAUGCAUUCAGAUUCUGUGCUCUCUGUGCCUGAGGUAUUUGGUGUA